AUGGCGACUGACCUCGACUGCGAAUCUGUUCGUUCAGAUGACUCGUUUCGCUACCUUCUGCCUCAAGUCGGCGACUCCGAGGAAGUGGAACGCUAUGAAAAAGGCGGGUUUCAUACCGUCCAUCUUGGCGAUCUCUACAAUGACGGCCGCUAUCGCAUCGUCCACAAGAUUGGCUCUGGAGGAUAUUCGACCGUUUGGCUAGCCCGUGACUCUCAGCUUUCGACCUGGGUGGCUCUGAAAAUCGUCGUGGCGGACCACUCGGCGGUUUUCGAAGAAAAAGUCAAAAUGUGUCACGACUUCACCUCCGCUUGGGCAGAUGGCAGGAUUCUCACCUACAGCGAGCUUUUCCACAUAGAUGGUCCAAAUGGUCGUCAUCUAUGCCUAGUUCUUCCCUUCAUGGGCCCAUCGGCGUAUGCUAUGUCGAACUUUCUCCGAAGCAGAAUGCAUCCAAAAGAAGUUCGUUCCGUCAUUAGCCAAAUUGCGCGAACGGUUGCGGAUCUGCAUUCUCAUGGCCUCUGCCAUGGAGAUAUAACCCCAAGCAACAUUGUCUUUCGCCUCCGAAACCUCGAUCAUCUCGAUGACCAGGGCAUCUAUCGUCUAUUCGGUGAGCCGAGGACCGGGCCGUUAGAGCUAGAGUCAGGUGGGCCUCCUGGACUAGAGGCUCCGCGUUAUGUUGUUGGAUAUCUUGACUUUAUGGCCUCUGGAGAAGAUAUCAUCUGCGACGAGGUCUGCUUGAUCGACUUCGACCAAGCAUUUCUGACAUCGAAGCCACCCCAGAAAGUCCUCGGAACUCCUCCAGGAUUUCUCGCCCCAGAGGUUGCUGUCGGAAAGCCCGCCGGCCCCGCAAGCGAUGUCUGGGCUCUUACAGGCACGCUCCUGCAUCUCAGAUCUGGGGCUUCUCCAUUUGCCGAGUUUGCCAUGGAUGCACCUGCUGACCAAAUGGUGCCUAUUGCUCAAUAUCUUGGUCCUCUACCAACUUCAUGGGGAGAUCCGGUAUUCAACAAGCAUGGGCUCCCUAUCAAAGACGGCACGGCUGGUGAUCGUCUAUCGGAUUUCCUUCGUUCUGAGAAGCUGUCUUUGAGUGACUGGAUCAGCAAAAUCUUUGAUCGUCCCCCCGACCAUUUGCAUUGCCAGAACCCUCCUGUCGUGCCCGAGUACAGGCGAGAAGAUCCAUAUCCUCCGUGUUACGAGACCAAAUUCUGGAUGCCGGGGUCCAUCAACAUUGACGGGGAGUAUCUACGAGGGUACAACGACAAAGUGGACGAGAUUAUAAAAUCACUUCCCAAAAUCUCCAAGCAUGAGGCUGACCUUUUGUACGACUUGGUAUCCAAGGUUUUGGUGUAUGAACCGGAGAAGCGGCCUUCGGCGGAAGAUGUCCUCAGACAUCCCUGGUUUCAAUUUGAAGAUGAUGCUUAA